AGAUGCACUGAUGAAUGAGCUAAUACAAAUUAUGGCGGAAAGCCUCACUUCGACGAAUUGUGAGGACUUUCCAAAUGGAACGCUUUGUGAUGGAACAAGCCUUCUGAUUACCACUAUUGCUUUAAAGGAGGAGGAAGAAAUAUGGACUGAAGAUGUUAUUCAAAGAGUAGUUUCAAUAGUGAUCAUCAUGGUUUUAACAUUUAUCGGAAACACCGCCAUAAUACUCGUAUUAACGUGUAGCAAAUACCGGAAAAGAAACAACAGAGUCAAUAUAUUUAUAAUUAAUCUGGCAAUUGGAGACUUAGCCGUGUGUUUUGCAACCAUGACGACGGAGAUUCUUUUUGUUUGCUUUGGCGAGUGGGUAUUAGGUAAUUUUGGAUGUAAAUUGUUAACAUACAUCCAAGUUGUGACACUUUCAAGUACAACGUUUAUUCUAGCUGCUAUGGGAUUUGAUCGAUAUAUGGCAAUAUGCCGACCUUUACGUUUCACGGCAUCAAGUUCAAGGUCACGGUCAAUGAUCAUAGUGUCGUGGUGUCUUUCAUUCGUGGUCUCCAUUCCACAAUUAUUUAUUUUUAAACAAACGGUAGACGGUGUCCAUUCCGAUCAGACUUUAAAGUACGGUUGUCAUAGCCAAGGAUAUACAGCGCCAUGGCAGCGAAAAACCUACAUUACAUUCAUGUCUUUUUAUAUCCUUAUCUUUCCAAGUGUUCUUCUUUCCUUCUGCUACAUAAACGUUGCUAGAGUUGUCUGGAAACAAGGAAGGUCUGAAACCUAUCUAUCAAAUAGCGAUAUUUCUCUCAGACGAUUCAUUGUGAAUAAAGGAAUAAUAUCUCUUGCCAAAAUGAAAACUGUGAAAAUGACAUUUUGUAUUAUUCUCACGUUUAUCGCCUGCUGGACGCCUUAUUUUGUGACGACAUUGUGUUUAAUUUAUAGUAACUACACACUACAUAUUCCAAAUUCAGUGAUGGCAUUCGCAGAAACGAUAGCAUUACUUCAAAGUGCUGUAAACCCUGUUGUAUACGGCAUAUUCAACAUUCAGAUCUUUAGGGGUUUAGCGGAAGUGUUUUGCCCGAAAAAGCUCAAACCGAAACGACCAAAUAGUCUUGCAAAGUACCAUAAUAUUAAUGGCUUUUACUGUAUGUCGGCCACUGAUGGAAAGAAUCGAAUUAACCUGACAGACAACUCAAAUCAUUUAGCUGUCCGCUGUCACGACCGGCAAUCGCGCUCGGCAACAUCCAGUGAGGAUGGCUCUCUAGAAAGACCUCAAAGCUCAACCAGCAGGUCACAUGGUGGGUGCAUUAUCGCCGAAUCAAACAUGAACGGUUUUAAACUGAGGGUAAGAUUCAUGACAAAGGAACAUGUGAUUGUUCAUGACCGUCAUGGUCGUCGUUUGUAUCCAGGAAGUAAUCCGCGAGAAACAGAAAAACAGCUAGAAUGUACUGUUUGAUUUUGAAUAGUGAAUUACUGUUUAAAAAUAAAAUUGAGAUAUUUAAAGCACGACGGUGAUAUAUUGAAAAGACAACUCCAGCCAGGAUGGAAUGUUGGAUAAAUUGAUAGUGUUUGUUAGGUGCUUAUUUCUCAUCGUUUAUUGUUUUAUUUUCUUUUUUCUUUUUGAUAUUCAUUUUACUUUUAAGAUAUACUAUGCUCAAAUUAUAUAUUUUUAGCUAUUGAUAAUUGCUUCACAGUCUCUUUAUGAAUAUAGAUUAAACAUGUUUUGACUACACACAAAGUAGGUAUCUUAUGUUUAAAAGUUUUACAAACCAUAGGUGGCCACACUAAGAAUAUAUAGUGCCAUU